AUGGCUGAAGGUGGAAUUGAUCGCAAGGCGGACGAGAGGAUGGAAUUCACCACCUCAAAGGAUGUGACAGUCGCCCCCACAUUCCAGGACAUGCACUUGAAGGAGAAUCUCCUCCGUGGUAUCUACGCUUACGGUUAUGAGUCUCCAUCAGCCGUCCAGUCCCGCGCGAUCGUUCAGAUCUGCAAAGGUCGCGAUACAAUCGCCCAGGCGCAAUCCGGUACGGGUAAGACUGCGACCUUCUCGAUCAGCAUGCUCCAGGUCAUCGAUACCGCAGUCCGUGAGACGCAAGCUCUCGUCCUCUCUCCUACUCGAGAACUGGCGACACAGAUUCAAUCCGUUGUCAUGGCAUUGGGAGACUACAUGAAUGUUCAAUGCCAUGCCUGUAUCGGAGGCACGAACGUGGGAGAAGAUAUCCGCAAGCUCGACUACGGACAGCACAUUGUCUCCGGGACACCUGGUCGAGUCGCUGAUAUGAUCCGUCGCCGAAACCUUCGAACCCGCCAUAUCAAGAUGCUCGUUCUUGACGAGGCUGACGAACUGCUGAAUCGCGGUUUCAGAGAGCAAAUCUACGAUGUCUACCGUUACCUACCUCCUGCCACGCAAGUCGUCGUUGUCUCCGCCACCCUCCCAUACGAUGUUCUGGAUAUGACCACCAAGUUCAUGACCGACCCAGUCCGUAUCCUGGUCAAGCGUGAUGAGUUGACACUCGAAGGCCUGAAGCAGUAUUUCAUCGCCGUCGAGAAGGAGGAAUGGAAAUUCGAUACUCUUUGCGACCUCUACGAUACCCUUACUAUUACCCAAGCCGUUAUCUUCUGUAACACCCGCAGGAAGGUCGACUGGUUGACCGAUAAGAUGCGUGAGGCUAAUUUCACCGUGUCCUCGAUGCACGGAGAGAUGCCACAAAAGGAGAGAGACAGCAUUAUGCAGGAUUUCCGCCAAGGCAAUUCCAGAGUUCUGAUUUCUACAGAUGUCUGGGCUAGAGGUAUCGACGUUCAGCAGGUGUCUCUAGUUAUCAACUACGACUUGCCAAGCAACCGUGAAAACUAUAUUCAUCGCAUUGGUCGAAGUGGUAGAUUUGGACGGAAGGGUGUUGCUAUCAACUUCGUUACGAGCGAAGAUGUGAGGAUCUUGAGAGAUAUUGAGUUGUAUUAUUCUACUCAGAUCGACGAGAUGCCCAUGAAUGUCGCCGAUCUUCUUGCGUAG